AUGGAUUAUCUGUUGCAGGUGUCCUGGAUAAGAAGCAGAGACCUGCACAUCCUGACGUCGAGCCGGCACACGUUCACCGGCGACAGCCGCUUCGAGUCUGUGCACUCCGAUAGCUCGGGUGACUUCUGGGGUCUGCGGAUCCGCGGGGUGCACGUGUCCGACACGGGCCAAUACGAGUGCCAGGUCAACACGGAGCCAAAGAUGAGCCUGGCGAUCAGCCUCACGGUCACCGCUCCAGGUGACCGCAACGUGGACGUUUCCAAUUCAAAAUGGGUCAGCCAGGCCCUAAUAAAAGGCCCGAGCGCCGUGUUCGUCCAGAAUGGCUCCCCCGUGACCUUCACAUGUGAAAUAUCGCCUUUAUCUCUGCAAUCCGGAGUUUUCUUUGCCACAAGACCGCCGGUUCGGUGGCUGCACGACGGCAAAGAAGUUUCCUUUGAGUUCGAAGGGGAUAACGUUUCCGUAGAGACGGAGCACGACGAUCAAAGAAUCUCGAGCAGGCUGCGUCUGACUACAGUAUCCUGGAAAGAUGGAGGAGAAUACACCUGUAUGCAGCCUUCUAGUAAACCGGCCCUCGUAAAGCUCAUUGUGGUUGAAGGUGAACAUUCCGAAGCGAUGCAAAGGGACUUCCCGUCAAUUUCGAGUGGAGGGGGGACUUCCAUUGAUAUUUUUAUGUACAUACUACCUAUUUUCACAAUAAACUUUGUACAAAUGUAAA